AUGCUUAAAGUUACCGUUCAUAAUGCUGAACACAUACCCAACGUCGAACGUUUUACUAGUGUGGAUCCACUGGUUCGACUGAUUUUUCAAGGAGUGAAAAAACAAACAAACUGGCAACGCUCAACAUGUGAUCCCAAAUGGGAUGAAACACUCGAUUUCCCGUUGAAUGGUGUACCCAUUCAAAACAAUGAUAUUCUCGAAGUUCAGUUGAAAGAUCAUGAAACUAUUGGGUCAAAUAAACUCAUUGGGCAAAGUACAGUACCAUUGAGUGAAGUACUGCGUGUUGGUACAAUAAAACGUCGUCUCGUUCAGCUAAUGAAUCCUCAAGGUGUCGUUCUCGAAGCGACGAAACUAUACAUUACAUUGGAAUACGUUUCACCUACGGGUGGUGGAAAAGUACCAACGAAUGGAAAAGCCGCAACCGAUUCAAAUCAAUUCGAUGAUGUACCACUGCAAAAUGGCGGUGACACAUCCUGGCAAGCAGAUUCUACAGCUGAUCUUGCUUUUAAACGACAAAAUAAACCACGAUCAACAAAACCUCAAGAUUUUCAAAUUCGAAUAAAAAUCUUUCAAGCUCGACAAUUGGACGGAAGUAAUCUACAUCCAGUAUGUCGGGUGCGUGUCAUUGGAGACGUUAAACAAACAAAAAUUCAAAAAGGAACAAAUCAACCGUAUUUCAACGAAGUCUUCUUUUUUAAUGUUCACAUGUCUGAAGCUGAAUUGUGUGAUGAAAUGAUCGAAUUUGAAGUUUGCAAUUCACGAACACUUCGAUCGGAUAUGAAAAUUGGAACGUUCAAAAUGGAUAUCAACUACAUCUAUGCACAAGCAAAACAUUCCAUCAAUCGAAAGUGGUUGUUAUUGAGUGAUGAUGAUGAUAAAAUGUCCGGUUCAAAAGGUUAUCUGAAAGUAACAGUAAACAUCUUAGGACCAGGCGAUGAAGCACCGGCGCAAGAAAAUGAUGGCGAUGAUGAUGAUAUUGAAAGUAAUCUACUAAGACCAGCGGGUCUUAUGCUUCGGCCAGCAACGUUUAUUCUAAAAGUAUACAAAGCCGAUGAUUUACCAAGAAUGGAUAGUGCAUUUUUGCAUGGAGUGAAGAAGAUCUUUCAUGCUACGGAUGAUAUCAAAGAAUUGAUCGAUCCAUACGUCAAUUUUUCAUUUGCUGGUCAGCAAGUAUCAUCAAAAAUUGUUUACACAUGUUCACAUCCGGAGUACAAUCAAGAACUUCGACUCGGCCUUAAAUUUCCAUCAAUGUGUGACAAAAUUACAUUGACUGUUAUGGAUUGGGACAAAUUCACGCGUGAUGAAAAGGCUGGAACGACUUCUCUUAAGAUAAUACUUAUCAGUCAAUUGAGCGAUAAGGGUUUUCUACCAACAUUUGGUCCAAGCUGGAUCAAUCUUUAUGGUGCGCCACGAGAAUACUCCGAUGUUCCGACUGCAUUGGACGAUCUAAAUAGUGGCAAAGGUGAAGGUGUCGCUUAUCGUGGUCGAGUGUUUGUUGAAUUACAAACCAUUCUUGGUGAAACGCCGUCUGAACCAAUCGGUGAAAUAUCAAAUUCGGAUCUUGUUCGAGUAUUACCAUAUCAAGCACGUAAAAAGUAUAAACUCCAUGCCGCAUUUCUUGAUGCGUGUAUGCUAUACGAACAUGAAUCGACGCUGGAAUUCGAAAUGAGUAUCGGUAAUUACGGUAAUAAAUUUGAUGAUCUCGUUGGUGCUGCAAGUUGUUCAACAACACCACCAUCGAAUCCUGUUUUCGAUGGAACAUCUUAUUACUUCCUACCAUGGGGACAUACGAAACCGUGUGUACAAGUCGCUAGUGAAUGGGAAGAUGUUAGCUUUCGUCUAGAAGCGAUGAAUCAAUUGUCCAAAAUAAAAUUGUUCAUCACGGGUCUUCUCUCAACAUUAGACCUAUUGAAAAUCAAACAGACAUCUGAUGAAGUUCUCAUGCGACAUUACAAGCAAUCACUUGACUUGGUCAUUGGUCAUUUGAAAAAACCGUUACCUGAACCUGAACCUGGCCGUCAUCAUACAAAUGAAUUGGAUCGUUUACGACGCAACAUGCGUUUGAAAGAUCUCAAGGAUAUGAUAAGCAGACUAGAGAAUUUGAAAACGCACGCGAAGUCUUCGCAGGAAAUUAUCAAUACAUUGGAAGAUAUUCGAGAGAAUCUUGAAUAUCUGGAAGCUGAGCCACAAGUUAGUAUUCCUGAUGUGAUCAUUUGGUUAUUAUCGAAUGGCAAACGUUAUGCAUAUUAUCGUAUUCCCGCGAAUGAAGUGUUUUACUCAUCCAAUGUCGAUCGUCGUGGUCGACUUUGCGGUAAAGUGCAGACAGUGACAAUGAAAUGGCCGGGAAAAGAAAGCGAUAUCGAAAAAGACAGACGCAAUUUUAUUCCAGCGGAAAUCAGAGUGAAAAUCUGGCUAGGCCUUGCUACUCAUGAACAGGAUUGGUUAUCACAACAGAAAGGCGCAGAUUUAGCGAUUUAUGCAGAAACGUAUGAAAAUCAAACGAAUGUUUUGGGUCAAUGGACGUCAUCAGGACCACUGAUGAGUCGACCAGCAUGGUCGGAUGCUACCGGAACGAUCAGCUUACCGAAAAAGAACUUUCAAUUGCCACCCAAAUGGCGAUGGGAUGGUGAUUGGUACAUCAGUCCAGAAAUAAGUGCUCGAUAUGCUGAGGAUGCUGGACAUCGAAAGUUUACGGAAGAAGUGUACGAACAUCAAUAUCGUUUGAUUGCUGGUGCUCAAUGGCAACCGAAGGCUGUCCCAUGGACGGAUCUGGCUGGGGAUAAAGUGCCGAGUAAAGAUGAACGAACGGAGCCACCAUCAGGAUGGGUUUGGGAAGAUGAGUGGACGAUCGAUUCCAAUCGAGCUGUUGAUGAAGAAGGUUUUGAAUAUUGUGUUAAUCAAACUCUCGGUGGAUGGUGUUCAACCGAAAAAGUAUUUCAUUUGAAUCGUCGACGACGUUGGUAUCGAAAUCGUAUUAUCAAAAUCGAUGCAACACCUGAAGAACGAAAAAGAAAAGAUCUUCAUGAGCCAUUGAAAAACGACGGAUGGGAAUACGCUCCGAUGUUCAAUAUGAAAUUUCACGCUGAUGAACGUAGCAUGGAUAUGACACGUCGUCGACGCUGGCAUCGAAAGAUGGUUCCAUCUGCUGAACAGACAUUCGAUGCUUCAGGCACUGAAGUUGCAACUAAUACGGAUAUUGUUUUUCGAAUGCAAUCUCAAGUACCAGCAAUUGCUGAUUCACCGAUGAAAUCUGAACAGCAAGAACAAGAACACUCCGAUGAGUCACCCACUACUGUUGCAACAACGAAAGAAGUGAAAAUUGAAUUGAAUGCACCGAGAAUGUAUUUAGCUUUUAAAAAACCUUAUUAUUAUGAACUUCGUGCAUAUAUUUAUCAAGCAAGAAAUUUGAUCUCGGCCGAUAACGAUAGUUUUUCAGAUCCCUUCGCUCAAAUUGCAUUCAUUAAUCAAAGUCAACGUACAGAAGUCAUUGAGAAAUCCUUAUGUCCUACAUGGGAUCAAACAUUGAUCUUUUCAACUGUUGAACUAUUCGGUGAACCUGACGAAAUCCAUCACGAUCCGCCGAAUAUUCUUAUUGAACUAUUUGACAAAGAUCAAUAUGGCGCUCCGGAUUUCCUCGGUCGUGUGCAAUGUGCGCCUAUUGUUCGUUUAACACCUGACGAAACUAAACCAGCAAUCAAGUUGAAAUGGUUUCCAAUUAAAAUCGGCAAAGAUGACGCCGGAGAAUUAUUAGCUGCUUUUGAAUUGUUUUUGUUACCGGAAACUGACAGCGAGAAGAAAAUGCCUCCACAUCCGCCAAAACGUGGCUCAUUGUUUGUUGUACCGCACUCCAUUCGACCACAGCUUGUCCGCACUGGAAUUGAAAUUCUUUCAUGGGGUAUUCGUAACAUGAAGACAUUCAUGCUAUCGGACGUAGACUGCCCACAAGUAGUUUUUGAAGUCGGCGGACACGAAAUCGAGUCCACUAUUAUCAAAAAUGCGAAGAAAACACCAAAUUUCGAUCGACCAUUGCUCUUCCUUGAUGUUAUGUUACCAAAAGAAGAUCUCUAUGCACCGCCUAUGAAUAUUAAAGUGAAAGAUCAUCGAUCGUUCGGAAGAAAGCCCAUUGUCGGUUUCCAUGUUAUUAAAUCACUCGAACAAUUUCGAUGUGAUCCAACCACACCGUCAUUGACUCUUAUGGAAGCAGCUCAUGCCCCAACACCAGCCGAAACACCAAUGGAAGAAAUUGCCACUCCAGUCGAUAAGAAGUCCAAGAAGAAAUCGAAGGACUCAUCUAAAUCAGCCAGCAGUCUAGCUGACGGUGCUAUGGCUACGACGACAGUUGCACUUACAACAAAUGAAACGGAGACAACCAUCGUCGAUAGAAAAUCAAUGAAAAAACGCGUGAAACAUUUCUUGAAAAAACAUAAAGGAAAUGGUACACCAAUGAAACCGGAAUCGAAAUUGGCUAAAAUACAAAAAUCCAUGAUGGGAAAAAAUCUUCAAGAAUAUCGAAGUAUUCCCUUGAUGGAAGAACCGGCCGUUGAAGAAGAUAUCGAUUGGUGGUCGAAAUACUACGCAUCGAAAGGUGACUUCAAUAAAUGUGGCUCUUACACCCAGAAAGGCUAUGAAACAUUAACAAUUUUGAACCAUCCACUAGAAUUGCAUGAAAUCUACGAAGGUUUCAGUGACUUUUGUCGAACAUUUCAAUUAUCUCGUGGCAAAACGAAAUUCGAAGAAGAAAAUGAAAUCGUCGGUGAAUUCAAAGGUCUCUUCAAAGUUUAUCCAUUACCUGAAGAUCCAAGCGAACCAUUACCACCUCGAAUCAUGGAAAACUUACCGUCGAGCAGUUUAGAAGAAUGUAUUGUUCGAGUUUACAUUAUUCGUGCAAUCGAUUUACAACCAACGGAUUCGAAUGGCAAAUCAGAUCCUUAUAUUGAGAUUGAACUAGGCAAAACUCGUAUUGAUAAUCGUGAUGAAAAAAUACCGAAUACAACAAAUCCCAUCUUUGGAAAAAUGUUCGAAUUGAAAACAAUCAUUCCAACUGCCAAAGAUUUAACUAUUCGUAUUAAAGACUGGGAUUUGUUAACAUCUGAUGAUGUCAUUGGUCAAACAACAAUCGACUUAGAAAAUCGAUUUUUAAGCAAAUAUCGAGCCACCUGUGGUCUUCCAUUACAAUACAAUGUAACGGGUCCGAAUCACUGGCGGGAUAGUGUUCGUCCUCGAAAGAUUCUUUUCGAUGUUUGUAAACGUAAUAAUCUACCUGUUCCGGAAUUAAUCGAUGAUCAUACCAUUAAAAUUGGCGAGUCAGUUUUUCGUCUGGAAGAUUUCGAACAAGAAAAACAUCUGACAGUUCAUGUUGGAGACGAUGAAGAACGCUUAGCUUUAUAUAUCUUGCACAAAUUACGUCUCUGUCCGGAACAUGUCGAAACUCGACCAUUGUUUAAUCCAUUACAACCACUGAUCGAACAGGGUCGUUUAGAAUUGUUCGUCGAUAUCUUUCCAAAAUCGUUAGGAUCACCAGGACCAACUUUUGAUAUCACACCUCGAAAACCAAAACCUUAUGUUCUUCGAUGCAUUGUUUGGAACACCAGCGAUGUUAUACUACAAGAGACAUCGAUUACAGGAGAAAAAAUGUCUGACAUCUAUGUGAAAGGUUGGAUGAGUGGUGUUGAAGAGGAUGUUCAGAAAACAGAUAUACAUUAUAGAUCGAUGGAUGGUGAAGGCAAUUUCAAUUGGCGUUUCGUUUACGAUUUUGCAUAUCUACCAGCUGAACGUUGCAUUUCGGUGAAAAAGAAAGAACAUUUCUGGAGUUAUGAUGCAACUGAAUUAACUGUUCCGCCUGUAUUGAAUAUACAAGUUUGGGACAACGAUAAAUUCAGUGCAGACGACUUUCUUGGCGCGUUGACACUUGACUUGAAUCGUUUGUACAAACCAGCAAAAAAUUCGGAAUUCUGUACAAUAGACAUCUUGAAUGAUGAUUCUUCGAGUCAUAUAUCAUUAUUCGAAAUGAAACGGGUGAAAGGUUGGUGGCCUUGUAUCGAUGUUGCCGGUGGUGAUCCAGAAUUAACAGGAAAAGUCGAACUUGAACUGGAAAUUUUGACCGAAGAAGAAGCGGCGAAGAGACCAGCUGGACGUGGCCGAGAAGAACCGAAUGAAAAUCCCAAACUGGAAGAGCCUCAACGACCUGAGACGUCGUUUCUCUGGUUUCAAUCACCAUUUCGUACAUUUAAGAACAUUAUCUGGAGAAAAUUCAAAUGGCACAUUAUCGGCGCUAUCUUUCUGGUCUGCUUUAUCAUAUUCUUACUUUUAUUCUUAUGGGCUAUGCCAGCUGCUAUUUGGUCUCGACUUUUAAAAGUUACCGGGUGA